UAAUCGAGAAAAUUUUGCGUGAAAAAAGUUUUCUCUCCACUUUCCGUGGCCUUUUUUCGCACCCCAAAAAACUGAUCGGUGGUGGAAAUUGAUUGUGGCGUGUGGCGGAAGAGUGGAAAAGCAGGCUCGCGGGAAAAGUGUGUGAUGUGCGAGUGAAGUCGAAGCCCUUUUUUUGGUACGUGCAAUCUCGCGGCGGAGUGUACUGGCGAGCGCCCCCUUGCGCCGCCGAAGAUGAGAAAGUGCCACUUCCUCUCCCCAGUGCCCAGUGGAUUCUCGGGAGCGCGCGCGAACGUCCCAGUCGAGUCACCGCUGCUGCCCAGGAAGCCGCCGCGCCAUGGCUGAGGACUUCUCGGCGCAGAGCAACAGCGACGAGUCGGACACGCCGGAGCUGAAGGGAUAUCUGUCCAAGUGGACCAACUACAUCCACGGCUGGCAGCCCAGGUUCAUCGUGCUGAAGGAUGGCACGCUGUCGUACUACAAGAGCGAACAGGAGAGCGACUUCGGCUGUCGCGGGGCGAUCAGCCUCCAGAAGGCCACCAUCAAGUCGCAUGAGUUUGAUGAGUGUCGCUUUGAUGUGUCCAUCAGCAACUGCGUGUGGUAUCUGCGGGCGGAGAAUCCGGAGGACAAGACGCACUGGAUCGAAGUGCUGCAGAGCUACAAGACGGACACGAGCAGUGACGUUUCGUUGAGGCGCCACGGAAGCUCCGUGUCCCUGCAAUCCACCACGUUGUCCACGGCCAGCGGCAGCAGCCUGAAGCGCGCCAACAGGAAUCUGCGUGAGAAACUGCACGAGAUUGAGACGUUCAAAGACAUUCUCUAUGGCCAAAUUGAAACGCUUCAAAGGUAUUUUGACGCUUGUGCCGAGAUCAAUGGCCAGAGAGAUGGACAACCACUGGAGAUGGUUGAUGGAUUGCGUCCGAUUGACUUUAAGGGUGAAGCCAUAACAUUCCGAGCCACAACAGCUGGUGUUCUGUCCACACUUCAGCACUGUCUCGAGAUGAUUGCCCAGCGGGACGACAGUUGGCGGAGGAAACUCGAUCGGGAGAUUGAGAAGAGGAAGAGACUCGAGGAUCUCUACAGACAAGUGAAGGAGAGACUGGAGAGAGUGAGAAAUUCAUCCCUUCCUGGCCCUGACAUGGAGGAAGGACCUCACUCGACACUGCCCGAGGAUGAGUUCUUCGACGCCGUGGAGUCGGGCCUGGACAAGAUGGAGGAGGACACACAGAUGCGCGUGCGCCUCAAGCUGCAGUCGCAGCUCAGCUGUCCGGACGCCUAUCCGGACGAGGACGCCGUGGCGGCGGUGGACGAGGAGGAGUUCGGCACGGGCGGCGAGGCGCAGACGCACCGGCUGUGGCAGGAGAUCGACCACAUGUGCGUGGAGCAGCUGAGCCAUGCGCGUCAGGGCGUCGGCGAGGGUGGCAAUGGGUGGCAGCUGUUCGCCGACGAGGGCGAGAUGAAGAUGUACAGGCGCGAGGAGGAGGUGAACGGCAUGGUGAUCGAUCCGCUGAAGGCCUGUCACGUCGUCCAGGGCGUCACGGCGCGCGAGAUGUGCCACUACUUCUUCAGCCCAGAGUACAGGAUGGAUUGGGAGACCACGCUGGAGAAUAUGACCAUUUUGGAGACAAUCUCGCCAGACACUCUGGUCUUUCUGCAGACACACAAGCGCAUCUGGCCAGCCAGUCAGCGUGACGCUCUGUUCUGGUCGCACAUGCGUCGAGUGACGGAUGAGGUUGAGGAUCCGGACUCUCACGAUGCCUGGAUUGUCUGCAAUCAUUCCACAGAGCAUGAAACUUAUCCGCCAGCAAAUACGGGCAAGUGUGUUCGCAUCUAUUUAACCGUGAUACUGUACUGUCAGACGUACGUCGGCGAGGCGGUGAAUGGGAAGGUGUCGAGGAAGGAUUUAUCGUGCAAGAUAACGUAUUGCUCGGUGGUGAAUCCCGGUGGGUGGGCGCCAGCCACAGUUCUGCGCGCUGUGUACAAAAAAGAGUAUCCAAAGUUCCUCAAACGCUUCACGCAAUACGUUGUGGAUCAGUGCAAAAAUAAGCCCAUUAUGUUCUGA